CCGCAACAAAACAGUUUAGCGCCCGCCAGUCACGAUUGUGUGUUGCCGCGUCUGCCAUCCAACAUCAUGUAACAUUUAGUUUCAAUCACCAAGUCUAAAUAAAAGUGGUCUUUCUACGCAGCGGAAGCAAAUACUGAUCGAUAAUACUUUUAGCUGAUUCACUAUGUCAUCCUCAUUUGACCCCUCGCUUUCGACAAGUGGCAUGCGCCCGCCUCUGACGUCUGCGGACGCACCCUCAAUGGCAGACUCUCUUCCCAGCAUCAAUUUCGGAUUUGAGGACCUUCGGAAUCGCAUGGUCCAGUUUAGCGCCAGAUUCGAUGCGUUCAUCGAGCGAGGAAGGAAGCAGGUAUUGGAGGAGAGGAAUCAAUUCAGGAUAGGUUUGGCGGAGCUACAAGAGGAUCAACGAAUGAGACAAAAAGAUAUCGAGAUCCUAAGUCUGAAAUCGCAAACCCAUGAGCAGACACUGCAGAAAGAGGCCGCUGAAGCUGCCGAGAUGCACGCCGCUAUCUCCUCGAUUACUUUAGAACGUGAUUCUCGUCUUUCUAAACGCGACCGCCUCAGGCAACAGAUUGACGAGACCCAAAAAGCGAUCAAUCAGAGACUAGAGGCACAAAAGACUCACGCGCGGCAUUUGGAUGCCCAGGCCCGUCUCAAUGUUCCCGAACUUGAAUUCUGGCAGGAUUAUCUUUGUCUUAGGAUAGAAGGGGCCGGAAGAGAGGAUCGUUUGAAGUUUGUUUACAGUCACUUGCUUGAGAAGGACUGGGACGCUGAGGCUUGGUUUGAACUUGGCACCGCCAGUCGAGACUACGAGGUUUUCCAUGUCCGGCCCAAGUUGGACAGGGAUGCCCUUGAGCGUGAACUCGACAUUUUGAACGAGGAUCGGGAUUUUGGUGCAUUCCUUAAACGAAUGCGCAAAUUGUUUGUUGAGACAAUGAAAUAAAAGGGCUGGCUAGGUCCCUUGGAUGAUAAUGAUUUACGUCAGGUGUUUAGAGAAGGCUAUAACUAUCUUAAUCAGGUAAUCUUCUUGGGUGCCGUAUUUUGCCAUCAUUUUUAUAGCAAGAUAAAUUCGAGUAAUUGCCUUGCAGCUUGCAUCAAAGUUGCAUAGUCAUGGUAACCUCAUUUGGUUUCAUAAUCAACACGUCAAGACUUUCCGAUGUCAAUGAUCAACCACCAGUGGCCUCUCGGUAAAAUGAUAUGCUUCUAUUUGCCCCAGCCGUCGCAAAUCCCUGUGUCUUUCCGGCUUUAGGGAGCCAUCUGACACUCCAGACGGCUUUCUCG